GCUGUGAGAGUAUUAAAGUCACCUUCUUAUGAGCCGGCACUGAAAUCAUCUCCCGACUGCAUCACCCGAGAUAUCAUGGCUUCUCAUAUGAUACCUGGAGGCUGGUCUGGAUGGACAGAAGCUGAUAAAGAAGUGAAGGAAAUCUGUGAGAAGGUAAAGCAUGAAGCUGAGGCGAAGGAAAAUGCAAAGUUUCCAGUUUACACCCCCCUGAACUACCGAAGACAAACUGUGGCAGGAACAAACUAUGAAAUUAAGGUGUAUGUUGGAAAUGACUCAUGCCUCUUUCUGAAAGCAUUCAGAGGAAUAGGUCCUAAACCUGAAAUAUCGAUAAAGAGCACAGUUAUGCUUUCCAUGCCCAGUAUCAACACCCAUUAAACCCACUUAAUAAUCACUUGUGUCAUGUCCAUGUUAAUUGAACCUAAUGGUGACUUACUAUACUCUAACAUGUAAACACAUGACUCAGAGCUUUCAGAGUGUGUGUGCGUGUGUGUGUGUGUGUAUGUGUGUGUGUUGUGUUUGUUAAUGCUGACCCAGCUGCAAAACCUCGUCACAUAGAGUACUAUUUCACACCUCACACUGUCUCUGUUUCACUCCUCUACCAAACACACUGUUUUAGUGUCUAUGCAAGCUCCUAAUAGCCACACCCCUUCCAACAAUCAGCUGAGCAACAUACCAGGGGAGGGGCUCUUUUAAUAUGGGGUCACAUUAGGGGGGAAUCUAAUUGACAUGUUUAAACUCCGGCCAAUACAGAGAUGAAAAAUAGGACAAAAACACGUAAUGGUUUUUUUUGUGUCUUUUGUGUGCACACAGACUGGAGAUUUUUCUGAAUGUCUAAACAUGAAUUAAAAAAGUGAGUUUUGUGUAAUACAUGCCAUUUGAACACACAUUUAAAGAGAAAAAAUAAAUCUCUUUCAAAGAUCA